AUGAAGCAAUUUUAUAAUUCGAGAAAAGAGUAUUCAAAACAGAGCCAGAAGAAGGUCUAAAGGAACAAUUUGAAGUUAGACUUCAAGAUGCCAAAUAGUUUUGUGAAGAGAAUGCAAAAAAGAUAGUCAAUUACAAGACUGAUCUAAAGUAACAAUUAUACUAAAUAAAACGAGAACAUGGCAGAAUCUAUAAAAAUUAAAACAUCUAUCUAAAUCGACUACUCUCUUCUUGACUUUCAUAUAAUCUGA